ACGAGUCAACUCAAAACGGCAACGACGAAUUCCAGCAACUUUCACCACGACUUCCGAUUUACAGCAAUCUCGGAACUCCACUUCCGCUCUGUUUUCCUCUCCAAACCCUCGAAGCUCUCUACGAUGGCGCCGUGGUGACCGUGGCCGAGCCGCCGGUGACCACUCGGAUGGCAUCGCCGCGGGUGGCGACGUCCUCUUCGUUGGGGACGAGCUCGGAUCUCGUUGGGAAGGGAAUUGGUGCGAUGAAUAUGGAUGAUCUGUUUCGUAGCGUCUAUGGUGACGCGGCGACGGAGGGGAAGACGGUGGAAGAGGUUUGGAGGGAGAUCUCAGGUGGUCGGAGUGGGGAUGAUGGGGAGAUGACGUUGGAGGACUUCUUGGCGAGGGCGGGGGCGGUGAGCGUGGAGGACGUGAGGGUUGCGUCGGAUUCGGUGUUUGGGGUGGAUCCUGUUGUUGGGGUUGAGAAUGCAGUGAUGGGGUUUGGGAAUGAGGUUGAGGGAGGGGGGAGAGUGGAGAAGGGGAAGAAGAGGGCCUUGGUGGAUUCGAUGGAUCGGGCUGCGGUGCAGCGGCAGAAGCGGAUGAUUAAGAACCGUGAAUCGGCGGCGAGAUCGAGGGAGAGGAAGCAGGCCUACACUGUGGAGCUUGAGUCGUUAGUGUCGCAGUUGGAGGAGGAGAAUGCUAGCCUUUUGAAGGAGCAGGAGGAACAAAAAAGGGAGAGGCUUGAGCAGCUGAAGAAGACUUUGAUCCCAGUGACUGAGAAGAAGAAACCAGCAUAUCAGCACCGAAGGACUGGCUCCGCCCAAUGGUAGCAAAAAUGAGUUCAAAAACAACAAUUUCUUUUUUCUUUCCAGUAAAGCAGAGAAGGAGCUAAGGUGAUUGCAGCUAUUCUCCAGAAGAUUUUUUUGGAUGCCUUGGGACAAGGCUGUUGAAAAGAACAGUGCGAAAAUCAAGCACUUGCAGUGACAAAAAAAAAUCACUCAGGUGAUGGAAUGAUGGGAAACUAGCUGGUGCUCUCCAAAUGCAGUCUUUCUGAAUUAGUCACCAAUGAUGAACCCUUCUCAUACAAAUAAUUUCCAUAAAUUCCCAACUUUUUUCUAUUCCCGUUUCUUGUUUUUUCCCCUCUCAUGUAACUAAACUUCUAAUCAGCGGCAUCUGUUAAUGGCUCAUAAUCCAUUGUUUACAAUUAGUUGUC